GUUGACCUUGGCGCUGAUCGGAGUGCACCUCCGUAUGCGCGUAGUUUGAUUUUGUUUGAUUUCGUCCUGAUUAAUGCUAUAUCCUCUCAUCUAUGAUUAAAGCAGCUCAUAGUGUUUCCAACCUAAGUUCCAAUUCCGAAUCGAACCCUUAUCUGGUCAAACGCUCACAGAAUUCUCAUUUUGUUCAGAUUCUUGAUGAGUCGAUGUGUGUUGUUCGUGAAGAUCUCACAGAAUGGUUGCAACACUACUUAUUCUCAACUGCUAACGCUUGUCCAAUCGCUGCACACUUCUUACUUUAUCGUUUAGCCUCAGGCUUAUGGCUUUCUAGAUUGGCUUACAAGUUGCAUUAUUCAAUAUUGGAAUCAGGUUUUCAAACUGCAGUAAAAUCAAAAACAACCAUCAAAAAAGACAAAGAAAUUGUUUCAUAUGAAUUUCUAAGAGGUGCAUUAUCAAAUCGUGAUUUGAAAAAUCUCACUCCUCUCUCAUUACCGUCAUUUCCUCCAACAUUAACUGUCUGUGCUAAAUUACCGCUUGGUCCUACAGAUCUCUGUUCGUUUUCUUCAUUACAAAAUACUUGUUGUAAUAAUUCAACUCCUAAAAAUUGUGAUGUUGACUUCCCUAAGGAGAAUAUAUCCCUGAAACCACGAGUCGCUGAUCGAUGGAUUGCUCGAGAUAAUAUCAGUGCAUUCAUUAAAUGGUGUAAAGAAUUGGGCGUACCUGAGACAUUAUUAUUUGAAACAAACGGAUUAAUGAAUAGAACAGAGGAGAAAAAUGUUUUACUUACACUAAUGGAGGUCGCACGUAUCGCCAGUCGUUAUGGUCUCACGGAUUUGCCUUAUUUAGUUCGUAUGGAACGAGAAAUUGAUGAGAUAGAAGCGAAACGUUCACAAAAUGAAAAUUACAAAGACAACACAUAUCAUGAGGAUGUACAUCAUUUCACCAGUCAAGCAGUGAUUAAAUUGGAAAGAAUUGAUCGUGAAGAUAACUACAAUUCAAGCGUUGAAGUAACUGUUGGUACAUCCAGCAAGAAGGUCCAAAAAUUGAAUUCUGACACGAAGUCCAUCGAUGUACAUUUAAACGUCAAUGCCGAUUCAGUUGAUACCAGUUCGCUCGAUUCGUGUUGUGAUGAUAGUCGCUUCAUAAAUACGAAUAAUAACAAGACUGUACAAAUUCAUGUCGACAGUAAAAAUGUUUCUUCCGAUAGUGCUACUUUAAACUAUUAUAAUCAUGAUGAUAGUAUGGACAAUACAUACAAGUCUACGCUUGUAACAAAUAUGAACAGUAGUUACAAUAAUCACAUCGAUGACAGUAAAACUGUAAAUGCUCAGUUUGAUUAUAUUAAUAAUGAUCAGAAAUCUACUUGUAAUGAUAUGUCAGUUCAAACAAAGGAUGAUAAUUUAGACCAAGCUAAACGCCUACUUGUUUUAAAUGGUUCACUAGUAUCGUUAGAUGAUAGCGAUGAUAGUCCUCGUAAGGCGAUAACCGAUCAAUUUGUUCAACACCAGCAUACUGAUCAUUUGAAGAUGACUGACUCACCAUUUUGUAAUAUUGCAAACAGAAAAAGGCGUCAAACACUUCUUAUAAACGACUUAGGUCUUCAAAUACCUAUAGUAGAGAUUACGCCUCUCAAGAUUACCAAGAAAGUAGAUGAAUCAUCUUCAUUUAUGAACUCUGCAACUGUGUGCUAUAAUGAUGUCAAAACUGAAAUUGACCCACCUGAAAAGUCCGUCAUUUACGUGAAUCUCGUUGAUUCAAAAAUCCCAGAUACAUGCUUAAAGAGUCUACAAGUUGAAUCAGCGAAGCUUGUCAAACAGGAAGUUCAACAACAGGUAUGCAUUCAAGAUACAUCAACUAUACUUAACGUGUCACUUAUGGAUUAUUUGGUAUAUAGUGAAAGGUGUGCGGAAGAUCUGUCAAUCGAUAUGUCUUCAAUAGCUGAUGAAUGUAUAAUUGAUAUUCAGGUUAAUAAAAAGUUGGCGCAAUGUACGUGCUGCAAUCGAUUACAUAUGCAGCGUUUAGAAGAAGGUCGAUAUCGACUAGGUACACGAAUUUAUUAUUUACGCAGGUUUCGAAAUCAUGUAAUGGUUCGAGUUGGUGGUGGCUGGUUAACAUUAGAUGAAUUUUUACAGCGUCAUGAUCCUUGCAGGCGUGGUAUAACUCCAUGUUGUACAGAGACAUCAGCUGUUCCCCAUAUCAAAUCAUGCCUUGAAGUGACUAAGCCAAUUCGUAGAUAUUCUGAUUUUGAUACAUCAUCAAUUCCUCGUGUAAAUUCUGUCAGUAAUCUAAUGAGGCAGUCGUCCAAUAGAAGCAGUAAUGGCAGUGUGGAAAGUCCUAGAAGUGAAUCCAGUACGGUUAGUAGUACUUUAGAUAAUGGUAUCCCGAAUAAUGAAAACCUUCCUCCGUUGUCAUCAACGAUGGUGAAUGGAACUAAAUCUAAGCAAGUGAAGGCAAUUGUUACACCUCGUCCUAUUAUACCAAAAGCCCCAACUCUUCGAACCGCUUCACGAACUCGUGAAUCCUCUAGAAGUCGUGAUGAUUCCACAACGAAAUUACCGCGGACAGCAACUGUUUCAAAUUUUAGAGCAUUGUCAACGAAAAGAACAAAUCCUACUCAAGUUUUAAGAGAUUCUAGAGCGGCAUCACAUUCACGUAAUCCUUCUGCAAGGCGUGAUGGUUCUUCAUCAAGAGUUCCGGACGUCACAACCACUUCCCGUUCUCGCGAUUCUUCUGCUAAGCGUGAAAAAUGUACUCCAAAUAACUCUAGAUCUCAAUCAAUAUCCAACCGAACACCUUGGAGGAAUUAAUAUCAUAUUUCUAAGAUUUUUUUCGCUUUCUUUAAUUUCAUUUGCUUUUCAUUGUUAUCGUAUUUUAAUUAACAUCGUGUUUUUGAUCGUUUAAUUUCCUGACAUAAUAUGAACUUUCUUUAACUAUUAGUCGUUUUUUUGCUAAUGAAAGGUAGGUGUGCUUAUAUCGUCGUUUAUUAUUUAUUUAUUUAAUUUUUUUUGUAUAUAACAGUUUCAUCUAAGUAACACUGACCACCUAUGAUUUAUAAUAUUUUUAAUUAUUUAUGCAUUCUCAUAAGUAAUUGUUGAAUAAAAUCUCACAGUUUAAUAUGAUUCAGUUAUC